AUGCAUACCGAAUUUUAUAGAGAGCGCGCGCAGCCUGGUAUGCUCAUAAUUGGCUCAGAUUCCCAUACGUGCUCCUCUGGUGCGGUUGGUUGCCUUGCCAUUGGUCUUGGAGCGGCAGAUGUUACAAUGGGCCUCAUUACCGGAGAAACAUGGUUCAAGGUACCUGAAGUGGUAAAGAUUGAGUUCAUUGGCGAGCCGGGUCGUGGCAUUGGCGGCAAAGAUGUCAUCCUUUAUGUGCUACAGCAACUCAAGAGAAACACAGUUGCAUCGGAUCGUAUCGUCGAGUAUACGGGAGCCGGCCUCAAUUAUUUAUCUCCAGAUGCGCGAUUUGCCAUUGCUAACAUGACAACUGAACUCGGAGGUAUUACAGGAAUUUUCACUCCUGAUCAUGUCACCAAAGGAUUCAUCGAUGGUAGAAAACUGGCGCGACAUAAGAAUGCAUCGCACUACUUUCGCCCAGAUGAGGGCGCGGUAUAUGCUGAAUCACAUAUCAUCGAUCUAUCCAAGGUUGAGCCAUUCGUGGCCAAGUAUCCAAACCCUGACGACGUCGUUCCAGUUACUAAUGUUCUGGGCAUGGAUCUUGAUGGAUGUUUUAUUGGAGCUUGCACCACGGCGGAAGAAGACAUUAUUCUUGGCGCAUUGGUCUUGGAACAAGGGCUGCAGAUGGGCCUCUCACCGCGAAAAGAUGGCAAAAAGCGAAAAGUGGUUCCCGGGUCCCUUCCUAUUCUCGACAGGUUGCAAAAACUGGGACUUGCGCAGAUAUACGAAGACGCUGGCUUCGAAAUUGGCGUUCCCGGAUGCAGCUACUGCGUGGGUAUAUCGGCGGACCGGGCUUUAGAGGGCGAGGUGUGGCUAUCGUCUCAAAAUAGGAAUUUUGAGAACCGUAUGGGUCAAGGCUCAAUUGGAAACCUCGCUUCUGCUGCUACGGUAGCGGCAUCCUCGUUUUCAAUGGCAGUGACAAAUCCGCAGCAUUUCAUUGAUCAAAUCCCAGCAAAAAAAUGGGAACUUAUGACUGGCCGUGGAUCAUUGAAAGGAGUAUCGUCAGGACAAGAACCAAAUUGGGUCGAACCAGCAAGUCCAGGAGAAGCAACCACGGGCGAGAGUGAAUUGGGUGUCAACCAAUGGGCUAUAUCCACAUCACAAGGUAACGAAGCAAUUAACACCAGCGAGAAGGUCAAAGAUGAGAGAGAACAAAGAGAUGAAAAUGAGAACAAGAUAAUCCACGGGAAAAUCCAGAGACUUGGGGAAUUUGUCGACACAGAUGCUCUGGCACCCGCCCAAUUUCUCAUCUCAUCUCGAACGAACGAAGAAAUGGGAGCUCAUUGUCUUGAAUUUACGAAUCCUACCUUCCGCUCACGAGCCAAAGAAGGCUUCAACGUGGUAGUAGCGGGCAAAGCAUUUGGCUGCGGCUCUUCGAGAGAACAGGCCGUAUCUGCACUACUUGGAUGCGGCAUCAAAUGUGUUAUAGCAGAGUCAUUUGCUUUUAUUUACGGUCGCAACCAGCCCAGCCUUGGUCUUCUGGGCUUCACCAUGGACGAUCCGGCUUUUUACCAAGCUGCUCUGGAUGGCGAAGAGAUAAGCAUAAACUUGGAGACUAACAGCCUCACUGUCGGAGAUGGAGAAUUUUCUUUUAGUUUAUCUGCAAUGGAGAGGGAACUGGUGGAAGCAGGGGGCAUCACGCCAGCGUUCAAGAAGUUUGGCAAAGAGCUCUUUGACAUGAUCUGCGGCAACACCAAAGAUGCCAGGAGAGUAGUAGAGGUCAGUGGUCAAGCGGUUGGGAUGCAAUGGUGA